GGAGCCCACUAUUCUUCUUCUUCCACUGCUCAGAUCCAUCUCUCUCUCUCUCUCUUUCAACACUUCUUGCAAACAAAAAUGCACACAGCCUUAUAUAUCUAUAGUUCACUGUUACAUACAUAGCUCUAUUGCGAAUACACACCGAGCGUUUGCAAUUUUUCUGUAUAUAUAUAGUUAUUGUAGUCAGUGAUAAAUCCGUCCGGCGAUCGUGAUGGCGGUGGCUGUCCGCGGCGGAAGAGGUGGAUCGGGAGGCGGAUCCGGAUUCCGUAACUUUUUCAGCUACAGGAUCUUCGUGUCCGCCAUGUUCACUCUUCUCUUUCUCGCUACUCUCUCCGUGCUCUUUACCUCGUACCCCUCUCACCCUGACUCCGUGAUGGAGACUUCUGGAAAUGCAUAUGCACGCCGAACAUUUCUAGCACUGCAGUCUGAUCCAUCAAAGACGAGGUUAAAUUUGAUAUAUAAUCAAGCAAAUAAUCAUAUUGCCUUAGUGAAUGCAUAUUUCACUUAUGCUAGGAGGCUCAAGCUUGAGAUCUCUAGGCAGCUUAAGAUGUUUGAUGACUUGGCUAAGAAUUUUUCGGACCUUCAGUUGAAGCCAACAUAUCGCUUAGCAUUAUUUGAAUCUGACGGUCUGGUUGAUGAGGACGUGUUGAGGCAGUUUGAAAAGGAGGUCAAGGAUAAAAUCAAGGUUGCUAGGUUGAUGAUUGCAGAAGCCAAGGAGUCCUAUGACACUCAGUUAAAGAUUCAGAAAUUGAAAGAUACAAUAUUCGCUGUUAAUGAGUCGCUUUUGAAGGCCAAGAAGAAUGGGGCUUUUACUAGCUCGAUUGCAGCAAAAUCGACUCCCAAGAGUUUGCAUUGUCUUGCAAUGCGACUCAUGGAGGAGAGAAUUGCACAUCCUGAAAAGUACACGGAUGAUGAGCAGAAGCCUGAGUUUGAGGAUCCAAGCUUAUACCAUUAUGCUAUAUUUUCCGACAAUGUGAUUGCAAUAUCUGUGGUGGUGAACUCAGCUGUUAAGAAUGCAGAGGAACCUGAGAAGCAUGUUUUUCAUAUCGUUACUGAUAGGAUGAAUCUAGCUGCAACAAAGGUUUGGUUUAAGAUGAGGCCGAUACAAGGGGGAGCCCAUAUUGAGAUCAAAGCGGUGGAUGAUUACAAGUUCUUGACUCCCUCAUAUGUGCCAGUUAUUAGGCAACUCAAGUCUGCAAAUUUGCAGAAGUUUUACUUCAAAAACAGGGCAGAAAAUUCCACUAAAGACAUGAACAACAUGAAAUUUAGAAACCCCAAGUACUUAUUAAUGCUGAAUCACCUGCGGUUCUACUUGCCAGAAUUGUAUCCAAAGCUGCACAAAAUUUUGUUUCUGGAUGAUGACGUUGUAGUUCAGAAGGAUUUAACUGCUUUGUGGAGAAUUGAUAUGGACGGAAAGGUGAACGCAGCAGUUAAUACUUGCUUUGGGUCUUUCCGUCGUUAUGCUGAAUAUUUGAAUUUUUCUAACCCUCUCAUCAAGGAGAAGUUCAAUCCAAGAGCUUGUGCUUGGGCUUUUGGAGUGAAUAUGUUUGACCUUGAUGCUUGGCGAAAUGAAAAAUGCACUGAGCAAUACCAUUACUGGCAGAAUUUGAAUGAGGAUCAAACCUUAUGGAAAUUAGGCACGCUACCGGCUGGGUUGAUUACAUUUUACUCAACAACCAAGUCAAUGGAUAAAACAUGGCAUGUUCUGGACCUCGGAAUCAAUCCUGGUAUUAGUAUGGAUGAAAUCAAUAAAGCUGCUGUCAUCCAUUUCAAUGGAGACAUGAAGCCAUGGCUGGAUAUUGCUAUGAACCAUUAUAAGCAUCUCUGGACUAAAUAUGUUGAUGAUGAGAUGGAAUUCGUCCAGGCGUGCAAUUUUGGCUUGUAAAAUAGGAUUUUUACCGUAUUAACAACUGCAAGGUAAGACAGAAAUCAGUUCACAGUCAUUCCACUCCAUUGUUUAAGCUUUUAUAAAUCAUUCAUCUUAAGCUAAUACUUGCUAGUAUUUAUUUUCUCCUAAAGAAAAUUUGUUCUGUUAGGUGUUACUUUGCUGUUGUUAUCAUGUCAUGAACUAAAACGAAGGCGAAUGGCUUUGCAUACUCCAAAUUACAUUUUUGCUUGAUAGAUAUGGAAACUCAGAGAGUUUAUUGUGUCUUGCUUAAUUCUCUCUGACCAUUUGCACAGCCAAUGUCUUGAACUUGCCACCAAUUUCUAGUACAAAUGUUUGUACUUGCGCA